AACCUCUCUUUAUCUCUUUCUCUCUCUUGCUCUCAGCCGGGAGGAGGGAGGGGAGGAAAGAGACGAGGAGAUCGAAGGGGCCACCACCAGACCACCAUGGAAGAGGAAGACCGCCCAUCAUCAGCAACGCCGGCGCCGUCGAGAAAGCACGCCGGAGACACGCCGCCGGGUGGCCUCACGAGGGAGGAGUACGACGAAUUGAGGGGGACCAUCGAUGCCCACCACCGAUACGACCUUUUCCCGGGCCAAUGCUCCUCCCUCAUGGUGCAGCGCGUGAACGCGCCGGCGGAAGCCGUCUGGUCCGUCGUCCGGCGGUUCGAUCGCCCCCAGGUGUACAAGCACUUCAUCAAGAGCUGCCGCCUCCUGGGGGGCCCCGUGGAGGUCGGGUGCCUCCGGGAGGUCACCGUCAUCUCGGGCCUGCCGGCGGCCACCAGCACCGAGCGCCUCGACGUCCUGGACGACGCCCGGCGGGUCUUCGGUUUCAGCAUCGUCGGCGGCGAGCACCGGCUGCGGAAUUACCGGUCCGUGACGACGGUGAGCGAGGUGGCGCGGGGCGGGAGGAUCUGGACCGUCGUCCUCGAAUCGUACGUCGUAGACGUGCCGGAGGGGAACACGGAGGACGACACGCGCAUGUUCGCGGACACCGUCGUCCGGCUCAACCUCCAGAAGCUCGCCUCCAUCGCUCAAUCCAUCAGCAAGGAAGCAAGGUGAACAAAUGCGUCAAGAAAAAAAAAAAUUAUUUUUUGUCUUUUUCGGGCUUUUUUUUUUUUUCUUUUGCAUUUUUGGGAAGGCCUCAUGAAGCUAAGGGCAUGGAGUUUUCUUGGUCAAUCAGCUGGCGGACGGAAAAGGGCUUUGACUUCUUUGUGUUACGAGCCGCCCUGUGGUUCGGGCUAUGGGCGUUUUCGUCAUUUGGUGUGCUUUGCUUUCUCAUGGGGCCAUGGGGGUGCUUUCUUCGAUGUAAUUUUUUGGUUCUUUCUAAUAUUUCUCCGUUAAAAUAGAAAAAGGAAAAAAGUUUUUUUUU